AUGUUUUACUUUCCAAUUACUCCAAGGCUAAAGAGGUUGUAUGCUUCGAAAGCCACGGAAGGGCAUAUGACAUGGCACGCAGAACAUGAAAUGGAAGACGGGAAGAUGUGUCAUCUGUCUGAUUCUCCAGAUUGGAAACGGUUUAGUGAGCUACAUAAAGAUUUUGCUGACGUAACUCGUAAUAUUAGACUCGGAUUAUGCACUGAUGGGUUUCAACCGUUUGGCAGUUUUGGGUCAUCUUAUUCUUCAUGGCCAGUAAUUGUGAUGCCGUACAAUCUGCCUCCGGGUAUGUGCAUGAAGGAUGAGUUCAUGUUUCUGACGAUACUUGUCCCAGGUCCCCGAAAUCCAAAAAACACAAUGGACAUUUUUCUGCAGCCGUUGAUAGCAGAGUUGAACCAAUUGUGGGAAUCUGGAAUCCGUACCUAUGAUAUUCACAAGCGUCAGAACUUUCAGAUGAAAGCGGCGCUUAUGUGGACAAUAAAUGAUUUUCCCGCUUAUUCAAUGAUGUCCGGUUGGAGCACAUCAGGCAGACUGGCAUGUCCGCAUUUCAUGGAAGAUACUGAUGCAUUCACGCUUAACAAGAAUGGAAAACAAUCGUGGUUUGAUUGCCAUAGAACGUUCUUACCUCCAGGCCACCGUUUCCAUCGAAAUGUCACUGGUUUUUCAAAAAGAAAACGUAUAUUUUGGGAUUUACCGUAUUGGAAGACAAAUGUGAUCCGGCAUAAUCUGGAUGUCAUGCAUAUUGAGAAAAAUGUUUUCGACAACGUCUUCAAUACCGUGAUGAAUGUCCCCGGUAAAACUAAAGACCAUGCCAAAUCUAGGACAGAGUUAAAUGAUAUUUGUGAUCAUCCACAACUAGCACAAGAUCCCAACACCGGUAGGUAUCCGAAGGCUUUGUAUGCUUUGGAAAAGGAAUCAAAAAAAUUAUUGCUUGAAUGGUCACGCCAUGUGUUUAUGCAACGUCUCCUACCAAUUGCUCUACGAGAGCUGCUUCCGAAAGAGAUAUGGGAGACUAUUACAGAGCUGAGUAUCUUCUUCAAGGAGUUAACUGCCGCAUUGCUUAAGGGGGAAGAUUUAGAACGUAUGGAAGAAGAAAUCCCGAAGAUACUUUGCAAGUUGGAACGCAUAUUCCCGCCCAGCUUUUUGGAUUCAAUGGAACAUCUCCCUAUACACAUGCCUUACGAAGCUAAAAUGGCUGGACCAGUUCAGUAUCGGUGGAUGUAUCCCUUCGAAAGAUAUCUGAGGAAAUUGAAAAAGAAGGUAACCAAUAAGGGUAGGGUAGAAGGCAGCAUUAGCAGCGGAUAUCUAAUGGAGGAAACGGCUAAAUUUGCAUCUUUUUAUUUUACGGAUGGCGAUCCUACGCUACCCUGUCGGAUGCAAAGAAAUGAGGUAUUCGAUACUAAGAUGGACGAUGAUGAUGACCGACUUUCCAUUUUCAUACCGAAUGGGAAACCCGUAGGCGCCUGCCAGAAAAGAUAUCUAGACGAAUCUGAAUUUGUCGCCGCUGGGAGUUACGUCCUAUUGAAUUACGAAUUCCAUGCAAUCAACCCUGCAAUAACGCCGACUGAAGUUGAAGGGAAGUUAGAAAAGGAAUUUUCCUCCUGGUUUGAACGUCAUGUGAAUGAUCCAGCUAUAUGUACGAAUCCCUAUAUUUUAAGUCUCGCUAAAGGACCGCUUAGAUCCGUCAGAACAUAUAAGGGAUAUCGUAUAAACGGGUUCAAAUUCAAUACUCAGGAGUAUGGCGCGGAUCGAGUUACAAUAAAUAGUGGGGUUUGUGUGAAAGGGUAUCUCUUCGGCCCGGCCGUAUGCGACUUCUAUGGAGUGCUGAUUUACAUUAUUGAGAUAGAGUAUCCAGCGCUACCAACUAAAAGGAAUGUCCUAUUUAAAUGUGAUUGGUUCGAUCCAACUCCAAAUGUCGGUAUAUUAGUGCAUCGUCUAUACAACAUGGUGGAGGUUAAUCACAGAAGAAGGUAUAACAAGUACGAACCUUUCAUUUUGGCGAAACAAUCCGGUCAAGUACACUACAUGUCAUACCCAAGAAAAAGACGGGAUAAAAAGGAUUGGCGGGCAGUUUGCAGGAUUAAGGCACGAUCUUAG